CUCCAUUAAAGUCAGUCACUACAUGCGAGGAGAACUUUUCAAAGUACAGAGAGGCUGAAAUUGAAAGAGAAGCUCCGAUAGUGAAGACCCGGUGGUCGAUGAUGCUCCUCAUUGUUGUCUGGAGGCAAUUACAUAGAAGGAGAGUUAGACUUUGAAACUUCCAGUUUAGAUCCGGCGAAGAGAGAUCUGGGCAUCUAGAAAGACUAAAGAGGUAGUAGAUAAUAAGCUAUCAUGAACCACCCUGCUGGUUUUAUUGUGUCUGAUUGAUCUUACUCGGGAAUGGUUCGAUCUAUAUUCGCUCAUUGUUAGGAUCUGGUUAUAAAUCUCUAGCAGUACUCCAAUAUGUCAUCGAAAUCAUUCAGGGCGAGCAGGUUAUCUCUAUCAACAACCUCAGAUGCACCGGAUUCACAAUUUAACAAGCCUCCCCUGCCACCUACCGUGACCUUUGGCAGGAGAACUUCGUCAGGUCGAUAUAUCAGCUAUUCAAGGGAUGAUCUUGAUAGCGAACUUGGGAGCGGCGAUUUUAUGAACUACACAGUCCAUAUGCCACCCACCCCUGACAACCAGCCAAUGGAUCAUUCAAUCUCCCAGAAGGUUGAAGAACAAUAUGUAUCAAAUUCACUUUUUACAGGUGGAUUUAAUACUGUUACACGUGCUCAUCUCAUGGACAAGGUGAUUGAAUCAGAGGCACAUCAUCCCCAAAUGGCUGGUGCAAAAGGAUCUUCCUGUGCCAUUCCUGGGUGUGACGCUAAGGUGAUGAGCGAUGAACGGGGAGCGGAUAUCCUUCCUUGCGAAUGUGAUUUCAAGGUCUGUAGGGAUUGUUAUCUGGAUGCUAUUAAAACUGGAGAUGGAAUUUGCCCGGGGUGUAAAGAAUCAUAUAAACCCACUGAUUUGGAUGAAGUGGUGGAAAAUGUGCGGCCACUUACACUACCACCACCUGCUGGGUUGUCUAAAAUGGAGAGGAGGAUGUCGUUGAUGAGAUCAAGGAAGUCGAUGCUCAUGAGGAGCCAGACUGGAGAUUUCGAUCAAAGCCGCUGGCUGUUUGAAACAAGGGGUACCUAUGGCUACGGGAAUGCUAUAUGGCCAAAGGAAGGAGGAUUUGGUAAUGGGAAAGAUGAUGAGAUCGUUGAGCCUUCAGAAUUAAUGAACAGACCAUGGAGGCCUCUCACUCGCAAAUUAAAGAUUCCAGCUGCUAUUCUCAGCCCAUAUAGGCUACUAGUUCUGGUUCGGAUGGUUGUUCUUGGAUUAUUCUUGGCGUGGAGGGUCAAGCACCCAAACAAUGAUGCAAUCUGGCUAUGGGGAAUGUCUGUGGUUUGUGAAUUAUGGUUUGCUUUCUCUUGGGUUCUUGAUCAACUGCCCAAGCUCUGCCCUAUCAAUCGUGCUACAGACCUUAAUGUCUUGAAAGAGAAGUUUGAAACACCAAGCCCAAACAAUCCUAGUGGGAAAUCUGAUCUCCCAGGCAUAGAUAUCUUUGUCUCCACAGCAGAUCCGGAGAAGGAACCCCCUCUGGUCACUGCAAAUACAAUCUUGUCCAUUCUAGCUGCUGAUUAUCCUGUUGAAAAGCUUUCUUGUUAUGUUUCUGAUGAUGGAGGUGCACUGUUAACCUUUGAAGCCAUGGCGGAAGCUGCAAGCUUUGCUAAUACAUGGGUGCCAUUUUGCCGCAAACAUGACAUUGAGCCCAGGAACCCUGAAUCUUAUUUUAAUUUGAAGAGGGAUCCUUACAAAAACAAGGUAAAGACAGACUUUGUCAAGGAUCGUAGACGGGUAAAGCGUGAGUAUGAUGAAUUCAAGGUUCGCAUUAAUGGCCUGCUGGACUCCAUCCGCCGCCGGUCUGACGCCUAUCAUGCCAGGGAGGAAAUAAAAGCCAUGAAACAAGAGAGAGAGAAGAGCAAUGAUGAACCUUUAGAGAGUGUCAAGAUCCCGAAGGCUACAUGGAUGGCGGAUGGAACUCACUGGCCAGGGACUUGGUCGAAUCCUGCACCGGAGCACUCUCGGGGUGAUCAUGCUGGAAUAAUACAGGUGAUGUUGAAACCUCCGAGUGAUGAACCGUUAACAGGCACAGCUGAUGACGGGGUCAUUGACCUGACUGAUGUUGAUAUUCGUCUCCCCAUGCUUGUUUAUGUUUCCCGUGAGAAGCGACCCGGCUAUGAUCACAACAAGAAAGCAGGGGCCAUGAAUGCCCUGGUUCGAGCCUCUGCAAUCAUGUCCAAUGGCCCCUUCAUUCUCAACCUUGAUUGUGACCACUACAUCUAUAACUCCGAGGCUAUGAGGGAAGGCAUGUGCUUCAUGAUGGAUAGAGGUGGAGACCGCCUUUGCUAUGUCCAGUUCCCUCAGAGAUUUGAGGGAAUAGACCCAUCCGAUCGCUAUGCCAAUCACAACACUGUUUUCUUUGACGGUAAUAUGCGAGCCCUUGAUGGCCUUCAGGGUCCAGUCUAUGUCGGAACGGGAUGCCUCUUUCGAAGGGUCGCCCUAUAUGGCUUUGACCCUCCUCGAGCAAAAGAACACCAGUCUGGCUGCUGUAGGUGCUGCUUCACCCGUCGUAAAAAGCAUGCCACAGUUUCCAACACUCCAGAAGAGAACCGAGCCUUGAGGAUGGGUGACUCGGAUGAUGAAUGCAUGAACCUCUCCUUGGCUCCUAAGCAGUUUGGAAACUCAACUUUCCUCAUCGAUUCAAUCCCAGUUGCAGAGUUCCAAGGCCGACCCCUUGCGGAUCAUCCAGCAGUGAAGAAUGGCCGGCCUCCUGGUGCUCUCACCAUUCCCCGAGAGCUCCUUGAUGCAUCUUCUGUUGCAGAGGCAAUCAGCGUCAUCUCAUGCUGGUACGAGGAUAAGACAGAGUGGGGACAGCGUGUUGGGUGGAUUUACGGGUCUGUUACUGAAGAUGUUGUCACAGGGUAUAGGAUGCACAACAGGGGAUGGAAAUCAGUUUACUGUGUGACCAAGCGGGAUGCCUUCCGUGGGACUGCCCCAAUCAAUCUCACAGAUAGGCUCCAUCAGGUUCUUCGCUGGGCUACUGGCUCUGUUGAGAUAUUCUUCUCUCGCAACAAUGCCCUCUUGGCAAGCUCAAGAAUGAAGUUUUUGCAGAGGAUUGCAUACCUCAAUGUUGGAAUCUACCCCUUCACUUCCAUCUUUUUAAUUGUCUACUGCUUUCUUCCAGCGCUCUCCCUAUUCUCUGGGCAAUUUAUUGUCCAAACUCUCAAUGUCACUUUUCUUGUCUACCUUCUGGUCAUCUCCAUUACUCUCUGUAUGCUUGCUGUGCUUGAGAUCAAGUGGUCAGGCAUUGAACUAGAGGAGUGGUGGAGGAAUGAGCAGUUUUGGUUGAUUGGAGGCACUAGUGCUCACUUGGCAGCUGUGCUUCAGGGGCUGCUAAAGGUCAUUGCUGGGAUUGAGAUUUCCUUCACCUUGACAUCAAAAUCAGCUGGUGAUGAUGAAGAUGAUGAUUUUGCUGAUCUCUAUGUUGUCAAGUGGACAUCCCUCAUGAUUCCACCAAUCACAAUUAUGAUGACCAACUUGAUUGCCAUAGCAGUGGGGUUCAGCCGAACUAUAUACAGUGUGAUUCCGCAGUGGAGUCGCCUGUUAGGUGGGGUUUUCUUUAGCUUUUGGGUUUUGGCACAUCUCUACCCCUUCGCCAAAGGGUUAAUGGGAAGAAGAGGGAGGACGCCCACAAUUGUUUUCGUGUGGUCAGGACUUAUUGCAAUCACCAUAUCUCUUCUUUGGGUGGCAAUCAAUCCCCCACAAGGCAAUAACCAAAUUGGAGGUUCAUUCCAGUUUCCUUGACAAGUAAUUUUUCCUAUCAGGAUAACCAACAGGGGGAGAAACACAAAAGUGGUCUAUUUCAGUGGGCAGUUCAAGUACGUAUACUACAGUUCUGAAAAACAAUUAUGAAUUCCCUAAAAAGCUCUCCAUUCACGCAGAAGGUGUGGACUUAGUAAUUGAAGCAACAGAGGUGCAUGAUCAAGUUAAUCUAAACUAAC